CUCACUAUGUAAGGAGCAUGCAUGGGGCAUGGAGAAACUCUCUUCCUAUCUGCUUUCUGCUCACCUUGCCAAAGGCCCAUGCACUGUAAAUGCAGCUUCGUUGGGUGAACAACUUCUUCUCUCAUAAUUCCAGAACUUGCGGACAUCCAAUGAAGUUGCAUUACAGGGCACAAGCUAUUUCUUCACACAGCGCAUAAUUAAACUCUGGACGCCACUGCCACACGAGGCAGGGGUGGCCACCAACUUGGAUGGCCUUGAAAGAGCAUUAGACAAUUCAUGGAGGAAAAGGUUAUCAAGGGCCUGGCUGGGACCCUGCUCCCCAAAAAAGUAACGGGUCUACGACCCCCUGCAUCCUGGACGACUACACCCCUGGAUUCAAGGCACUGGUCCUCAUGGCUCCUGAGGAUUUUCUAAGUAGUAUUCUGCUAUGUGACUCAGUACCUGGUCCGCCAGGGCUCCUCUAACGUUGUUAUGCUGGGCCUGUUUGGGCUUGACGGCGAGACUCAGAGUUACAGCAAACGAGUCCCGCUUCCUAGAGGGGCACGUAAGUAGGAGGGAAAGUCACUUCCUGUCCAGUCCCAUCCGCUUUCCCUCCUCUGGCGAAGGAGUCUUUGGCUUUGAUUGUCACACUCACACGCACUCUCUCCACACAAUUUCUGACAGAAACUGUUAGAAGACAAAGGGAAUUUCUCUGUGAGAACAUAAGAAGAGUCCCGUUGGAUUGGGCCAAAGACCCAUCAUAGUCCAGUAACCUUGGAAGUAACCUUGGAGUACAGAGCAAAGAUGGAGGAAGAAGAUUUGGCUGUUCCUGAAGCAGACAAAAGAGACCUUGAGGUCACUGAGGUUGAGAGGAGUGGGGGAUUCUGGGAAAGAACAGUGCGCAAGAUCCUGGCCAAGGACAAGCUAUGCCCAGAUGCACAGCACCAGCGUUUCAGGUACUUCCGCUACCAGGAGGCUGAGGGCCCCCGAAAAGUUUGCAGCUGGCUCCACUGUCUCUGCCUUCAGUGGCUGAAGCCAGAGCGACACACGAAGACUCAGAUCCUGGACCUGGUGAUCCUGGAGCUGUUCCUGGCUGUCCUUCCCCCAGAGAUAGAGAACUGGGUGAGUGAAUGUGGAGUGGAGACUAGUUCCCAGGCGGUGGCCCUGGCUGAAGGUUUCCUCCUGAGCCAGGCAGAGGACAGGAAGCCGAAGGAGCCGCAGGUGCAGGAGCUAUCAAAAGUGGCUGGCGAUUUUCCCAAGGCAGAGAACUUUCCAUCAGAAACCAGAUGGGUGCCACCGUUCAAGCAAAUCGCACAAAAGGGCGACAGAAGCGCCCUCUCCAUGGAUGGUGAAAUGCCCACGGUGUUUCAUUCCAGGCUUCCUCCUCUUCCGGAUGGAGCAGAAACAGAGGCUGGGCAGUCGCUGCAUCAGGGUCUGUUGACCUUUGAGGAGGUGGCUGUGCAUUUCGUAGAGGAGGAGUGGAGCUUGCUGGAUCCGGACCAAAGGGCCUUGCACAGGGAAGUCAUGGAGGAGAAUUAUGGGAAUCUGGCGUCUCUGGGAGAGAAGAGAGAGAGCAAUGAAGAGGAUGAACAGCAGAAAAUAAAAACUGAAGCAAAACAGAACUGGAGGAAGAAAUCUGUUGCGUCGAAAGAUGCUGCCUUCGUUGAAGUUCCAGUGCUGGAAGAAAGUCAUACAGGAAAAAAACAGGAGAAAAUCCCUCAGUGUGCAAAACAAUUAACUAGGAUAUCAAGCCUUAGCUCCCUUAGAAGAGUGCAUGAAGGGGAGAAAAGGUUUAAAUGUUCAGAGUGUGGAAAGAGCUUCAACUAUAGGACACAACUUAUUGUACAUCAAAGAAUGCACACAGGAGAGAAACCAUAUAAAUGCUCAGAGUGUGGCAAGAGCUUCACUCAUAGCAGCAGCCUUUCUAAUCAUCAAAGAAUCCAUACAGGAGAGAAACCAUAUGAGUGUUUAGAGUGUGGAAAGAGCUUCACUCAUAGCAGCAGUCUUUCUUGUCAUCAAAGAGUCCACACAGAAGAGAAACCAUAUAACUGUUUUGAUUGUGGAAAGAGCUUUAGUAAGAGCAGUGACCUUCUUUCUCAUCAAAGAAUCCAUACAGGAGAGAAACCAUAUAAAUGCUCAGAAUGUGGCAAGAGCUUCACCCAUAGCAGUAGCCUUUCUCAUCAUCAGAGAAUCCAUACAGGAGAGAAACCGUAUAAAUGUUCUGAGUGUGGAAAGAGCUUCUGUCAGAGCUAUGGCCUUCUUUAUCAUCAAAGAAUCCACACAGGAGAAAAACCAUAUAAAUGCUCAGUGUGUGGAAAGAACUUCACUCAUAGCAGUAGCCUUUCUAAUCAUCGAAGAAUCCAUACAGGAGAGAAACCAUAUAUAUGCUUACAGUGUGGAAAGAGCUUCACUAAUAGUAGUAGCCUUUCUUAUCAUCAAAGAAUCCACACAGGAGAGAAACCAUAUAAGUGUUCCAGUUGUGGAAAGUGCUUUGGCCAGAGCAAUGACCUUCUUCGUCAUCAAAGAAUCCAUACAGGAGAGAAACCGUAUAAAUGCUCAGAGUGUGGAAAGAGCUUCGCUCAUAGCAACAGCCUUCCUUAUCACCAAAAAACCCACACAGGUGAGAAACCAUUUAAAUGUUCUGAGUGUGGGAAAAGCUUCAGUCACAGCAGUGACCUUAUUUACCAUCAAAAAACUCACACAGAUGAAAAACCAGUUAAAUGCUCAGAGUGUGGAAAGAGCUUCAGUUGUAGCCAAACCCUUUCUUUACACAAUAUAUUACAUACAGGAGAGAAAACAUUUACAUGCUUAGAGUGUGGAAAGAGCUUCAAGCAGAAGAUACACUUUACUAGCCAUCAAAGAGCACAUACAGGGGAGAAACCAUAUAAAUGUUCUGAGUGUGGAAAGAGUUUCAGUCGAAGCAGUAGCCUUACUAACCAUCAAAGAAUUCACAUGGCAGAGAAGCCAGAUAGUUGUUCAGAAUGUGGAAAGAGCACCAAAAAACCUGUACAGGAGAGAAAUCAUAUAAAUGCUCAGUGUGGAAAGAACUUCAGUCACAUCAGUGACUUUACUCCCUAUCACUGAGUCCAUGCAGGAAAGGAAUAAUUUCAAUACUAAAAGCGUGCAAAGAGCUUCAAUCAGAACAGCGUUGCUGCUUAUCAUCAAGGAAUCCACACAAUGGAUUAAGCUAUUUAAAUGCUUAAAACCAUGGCUUAGCAUUAGGUGUGAACCUAAGCCCAGCACCUUAAUUAUGGUUUAUUAAUUAAGCUAGCCAACAAAGGUUUGUAGUUGCUUUAUAAACCUAAGUUAACAUUGACCAUAGUUUAGUGUUAUGUGUGAGUCCAAAACAAUUCCCACAGUCUCCUGGGAAGAGGGAUUGAACACUCUGGAACUAUAGCUCUGUGAGGGAAAUAGGGGGUCUCUGAACAGCUCUCAUAGUUGCAUAGUGGCAGAUGGGGCCCUAGAAACUGAGGGCGCUUCCAGACUGUCUUCAGGUGAGAUUCAAUCACAUUUUAUUUGUGAGUGGACAUGAACUUUCCUGUUUGUUUAUUUAUUUAUUUAUUUUGUACAAGACAAGCUACAAAUCAUAAAUAACAAACUUAUGGGGAUUUUACGACAAAGACAAGUAAAAAGAAAUAAAAUGUAAAGUAAAAGUCAGCAUUUAGUCUGAUUCUUCGGUCUCUCUUCACAAGUUCCACAGUGUGCAGCACAGAGUAUCCCAAGAUGUUGGCUGCUGACAUGUCUUGUCAAAUGUUUUAGCUAUCAAGAGUUCCAUAAACUUGCAUCCAAUGCUGGAUAUAUAAUUGGAAAGUGAAACCAAGCAGGGAAAAAGGUGUUUUCUGUUCAGUUUGAAGCUGUUACAUUAGCUUAUUUGCAUUGUUUUACAUAAAGUUUGUAUGGGAUUUGUUUUCUCUAUUUAUUCAUGUUAUGAUAAUUUUAAUUGCCCUUAACUUUUGGAAUGUUGUAUGAUGCUUUGGGCACAAGAUGUGAAAGUAAAUUGCCUGGAGGUCACUUGGUGAUGAAAAGGGGUAUGUAAAUUAAUUAAAUAAAAGCAAAUUCCAUUUUCGCAA